AUGGCAUCCAGCAAAAGCAUUCCCAUGGAAGUAACCAUAGAAAUCCUAUCACAAUUACCGGUCAACUCUCUCUCCAGAUUCAAAUGCGUAUGCAAGUACUGGAAAAAUCUCAUCGAAAGCCCGGAUUUCUUCAAACUCCAUCUCAACAGAUCCCUCAAGAUCAACUCCUACAAUUGCUCCCUUAUCCUAACCAUCAAUCGUACUGUCAUCAUCAAUCGCACCCCUAACAUCGUCUCUUCCCUCUACCGCGCUUACCUUGACCAUAACAACAUCAAUCUCAAUAUCAACAAGCUUGUAUUGCCACCAUCAUUUCAACCAUCUCACCCAACACCUACUGAAUGGCACAGAUGUGGUGUCUCUAGUAGGGGAAAUGUAGAAUAUGGAAGAAUUGAGGUUGCCGGCUCUUGCAAUGGGUUGGUUUUGAUCUUAAAUGGGUUACAUCACAUUGCGGUUUGCAACCCAGCAAUUAAACAAGAACAUGCCACCUUCAAGAUCCUUCCUUGCAUUACCUAUCUUGGGUAUGGUUCUUUCGGUUAUAAUCCCGAGACUUAUCUUCAACACUACUACGGGCUGAAUCAUGAGAAUCAACCUUACCAAAACUAUGCUUGUAGAUUUUACAGUUUCAGGGUUUUUGGGUUUGGCUAUGAUUGUUACAGCCAUUGCUAUAAGAUUGUAUAUUUAACUCCAAAGAGGGCUCUCGUUUACAGUACAAUGAAUGACAGCAGCUCAUGGAGGAAGAUUAAUUUACCUGAUUUUGAGCAAGGCUUAAAUCACUCGAGUAGAUUUUUACCAUUGGAGAACCAGGAAAGAGUGGUAUAUAUCCAGGCAUAUAACCAUGGCGUAGCAACAAACAACCACUUACAUUGGCAUAUUACCAAGUAUGAUCAACAAAUUAUUGAAUACUCAGAAGAAAUGAUUAUAAGCUUUGACCUCCAAAAGGAAGAAUGGGGUGAAGUGCCGAUGCCAGAUAGAUUAGAUCAGGGGUAUUUUUUGCAAGGUUACAAAUCAAAAUCAUACAUCCUAGAGCUUGGAGUGUUGAAUGGAUGUUUAUGCCUCUUGAUAUCUCGAGGUAUUAGUCAUCCUCAUCUUGAGUUGUGGAUCAUGAAGGCAUAUGGGGUGAAGGAAUCAUGGACAAAGUUGUGCUAUGUACCAAAUGGAAGCGGAAUUCCUCUGGUUUAUCUCCCAGAGAGGAAUGAAUUGUUGUUGCCAGGAGACUAUCAUGCUUUAGGUUGGUAUAAACUAAAAGGGAAGAGGAUAAGGAAGCUUGAGUUUCAUGGAAGUGGGUUUACUGGGGAACAUUUCUAUUCAAUUAAUGUAAACAUGUGUAUUGAAAGUUUAGUUCAUCCGUUUACAAGUAUAGAAGAAGGAAGAGACGAAACAGAGGAAAUCUAUCAAGAGGCAGAAUAAGUCAGGCAUUCCAUAGUUCUUUUGGUUGGUGUGUUAGACUAUGCAGUUUCUUUUCUUGCUGCUAGUAUAAGUGUUGACUUUGGGAAAUUUGUGGUUUUGUUUGGUAAACAGUGUCUGGUUGGGCACUUUUCUAGGAAACGUUUCAAGCAAGUCUGGAGGAAAGCUCUUCUUAGACCAGAGAUUCACCUAAGAGCUAGAGCUGAUCACACAACGCAUAGAGUUUUUGCCUGAUAUUUGUGCUUUCAAUAAUAAAA